AUGGCCGAGGAUACUGUUAUGAUCGUCGGCAUUGCCCUAGGGAUUCUGGCAAUAAUUUCUGUCAUAACCCGCAUCUGGGCGCGCAUCAGCAAGAAAGCUGGAUUGAAAUGGGACGAUGGCAUGAUCAUUGUGGCCAUCUUGGCCAUGAUCGUCACCGACGUGCUGGCCGUGUAUGCUAUCAUCCAGCAUCCAGAGGGCCCAGAGGCCGCCACAAAGGCGACUCAAACCGAAGAUUACAGCGAAGCCGACCAGGAAUAUACGAGGCUCACUUGGUCGCUGACAGUCGUCUACUUCUUCACAGUCUCAUCGACGAAGCUGUCCAUCAUCUUCCUGUAUCAUCGGCUCUUCUUUGUUGAACGGGCCCUGCGACGCCAGAUAUGGGCUCUGUCUAUAGUCGUAAUCGGCUAUUGGAUCGGAUGCACCAUCGCCAACCUGACCAAUUGCGUUCCCAUGAAAUACAUGUGGCUGAAUAGUCUUUCAGACCCGCGGUACUGCUUCAACUUCAACCAUUACUGGUUCGCCGUUGGCCUAGUCGAGACUUUUAUUGACAUCCUGAUUAUCGUCUUGCCCAUCAAAGUCAUCCUUGCGCUGCAAUUUACCAGGAAGCAGAAGUUUGCCGUUCUCUUCGUCUUCCUGCUCGGUGUUUUCGUUAUCAUCUCCGGUCUUCUCAAGACAAUAUUUGGCUACAUCCCGGGCAGCCGGCAGCCGUCAUUUGAGAACACUCAGCUCUGGACCACCAUUCACAUCUGUACCGGCAUAAUAUGUGCAUGUCUCCCCGUGUGCUGGCCGCUCAUUUCUCGGCUUGGAAAUAUCCAGCCUGCCAUCUGGUCGGGUGCCACUUGGCUCAGAAACUACCUGUCCCGCGGCAGCCGUUGGUCGUCGAGGGAUCAGACGGCGACGAGCCAUCGGCCGGCGACGGGCGAGAGCGGCUUCAAUAAGCUCACAAAUAACUUCACGAGCAGAGGGUUUGAUCUUACUUUUAGUGGCGACAAAGGGGAGUCUCAAGAGAACAUAUAUCCUCUGUCCCAAGUCGAGCACCAAAAGACUACGUCUGCGGUGUGA